UUAACAAGGCGUGUCUUUCAGAGCUCCUUUACAACAAGCAAGUUAGGUCAAAAACAAAUGGAAUGCUGCUGCUAACUGAACUGAUUUGCCUAAACAGGAGAACAGAGAUAACAGCUUUCCUCGGUAGCUUGAAGAAAGAGGGAACCAUGAACAUCAUGCAUGUUUUGCUUGUGUACCUUCAGUGCUGCUUGCCUGAUCAAAAACCUCUGGCUGCUGUGCUUCUGUUGCAUUUAGAUCUUAUGGUAGCACCUCAAAAACAUAGCGUAUACAGGGAGGAGGCUGUUGAUAGUAUUGCAGUGGCUUUAAAGAGCAGCUUAACGAACGAAAAAAUUCGAAACAACUGUUGCAAAGCUCUUUUGAUUUUAGGUGGGAAAUUCUCUCUUUCUGGAGAGUUAUUGACAGAAAGUUGGUGCCUAAGGCAAGCAGGAUUCUACGAUCAAGACUCCAAAACCAACUCUCUUGGCAAUGUUGAAGAUUGUCUCUCAAAAGAGAAAACUAUACCAUUGGAAGAAGACGAACUAAAGACAACAGAAGACUGGUGGAAGAAUUUGGCAUCAUUACUACUUGGCAAUGGCAACAAGUCAUUUCUGGAGAUCAUUUCCAAAUGUUUGGGGUCUAAAAAUUUGUAUCUGGUGAGAACAUGUCUGAUCACUGUAACGUGGAUGAGCCAUGCACUUGGUUUACUGCCAGACAUAGACUUUCAUCUCGCUGCAUUUUCAGCCCUCCUCCCUCAGCUGAAACAGAUACUGUUGAAUGACGGGAGUAUUGAACACAAAGUUCUUGCUUCCACAUCUCUACUUAAUUUCACCAAAAUUACAGAAUGUCGGAUGCUACUGAUGACAAUUGGAGAAGAGAUUUUGGUUCCACUACAGAGUCUUGCAGGAGUGACUUGGACUUCUAAACAACUCUUUCAAAUUAUUUCAGGGGAAAGCUAAUAGCUUUCAUGGGAAAAAGAAUUCUAAGGAGAGUUCCUUUCUUGUAACACUACUUCUAUAUAUGGUCUGAAAAUCUGUAUUAUGAUUAAAU